CUUCUCUCUCUCUCUCUCUCUCUCUCUGUAGUGUCAAGUGUAGUGCACACCCAACGACUGUCAUCGUAGAUUUACUCUCUUAACAAUCCAGAUCUUUCUCCUACAUAACUCAGCUACACAUUGACAGUUUUUUCCUUUUUCUCGGGAACCAAACACUACCGAGAAAAUUUCACCUUUCGCUUCUUAAUUGCUUCUAAUCCCCUUCUCCAUUUGGUCACUCUUUGCAGUAGUUUGCCAUUGGAGGCGAAGCAAAUGGAGAGACCUGAUUCCUUAUCGUCCUCCGACGAGGAAGACGAUCGCCAUACCCUGAUUGAGCAGAACGACAGGAAGCCCCCAAAUUCUACUCGAUCCACUUUUCACAUUGAUGACGACGAUGUCGGCCACCGCAACAACGAGUUUCGAUCUCGAAUACGUCCUCGUUUCAGCUCAUUUAAUUCGCUUAACAAGAGGUACCUAUUUGCCAUUUUCUUACCUCUCGUCAUUGUCGUUUUGUAUUUCUCCGUCGACGUCCGCAACCUCUUCUCCACCAAUUUCUCCGGUAUUCGAUUCGAUUCCCUCUCCGACCGGUUGCGCGAGUCCGAGUUACGCGCUCUUUACUUGCUCAGGAAACAGCAAUUAGGUCUUUUUACUCUUUGGAAUCAGACAUUUCAUGAUUCUUCCUCAAUUUCUUCUAAUUCUUCCUCUUCUUCAAAUAACUCUUCAAUUGAAACUCAGCAAAAUUUAUUACUCGAAGACCUGAAAUUUUCGGUGCUUAGGCAAAUUUCACUGAACAAAGAGAUUCAACAAGUCUUGUUAUCGCCUCAUCGGUCGGGGAACUCGAGCUCCACAGGGUUGGAAAGUGAUUCUGACGAUCCCAGUCUUGGUGGGUUUGGUCUCAAUAGGUGUGGAAAGGUUGACCAGAAGUUUUCACAGAGAAAAACGAUUGAGUGGAAACCAAAUUCGAAUAAGUUUCUGUUCGCCAUUUGCUUAUCGGGCCAAAUGUCCAAUCAUUUGAUUUGCUUGGAGAAACAUAUGUUCUUUGCAGCUCUUCUAAAUCGAGUUUUAGUUAUUCCUAGUUCCAAAGUGGAUUACCAAUACAAUAGAGUGUUGGAUAUCGAACACAUUAAUAAGUGUCUAGGAAGAAAAGCUGUCAUUGCCUUUGAAGAAUUUGCUGAGGGUAAGAAGAACCGCAUGCACAUUAAUAGGUUUAUCUGUUAUUUUUCGCUUCCUCAGCCUUGUUAUGUGGAUGAUGAACAUAUUAAGAAGCUCAAAGGAUUGGGGAUCACAAUGGGUAAACUUGAAUCUGCAUGGGUGGAAGAUGUUAAAAAGCCCAGCAAGAGAACAGUUCAAGAUUUUCUGUCUAAGUUUUCUUCUAGUGAUGACGUUAUUGCCAUCGGGGAUGUUUUCUUUGCCGAUGUGGAGAAAGAAUGGGUGCUUCAGCCUGGUGGUCCCCUUGCUCACAAGUGCAACGCUCUGAUCGAACCCAGUCGUCUUAUAAUGCUUACAGCGCAGCGCUUUAUACAAACAUUCUUGGGAAGGAACUUUGUAGCUCUUCAUUUCCGGCGGCAUGGCUUUUUGAAGUUCUGCAAUGCCAAGCAACCGAGUUGCUUUUUUCCCAUUCCCCAGGCUGCCGAUUGCAUUAUACGGGUAGUUGAAAGGUCUAAUGCGCCAGUCAUAUAUCUCUCUACAGAUGCUGCUGAAAGUGAAACCGGUUUGUUGCAAUCACUAGUUAUGCUCAAUGGGAAGACUGUACCACUAGUUAAACGCCCUGCACGUAAUUCAGCGGAAAAAUGGGAUGCUCUGUUGUAUAGGCAUGGCCUUGAGGGGGACUCUCAGGUGGAGGCUAUGCUAGAUAAGACAAUCUGCGCCAUGUCUAGUGUGUUCAUCGGAGCGCCUGGAUCCACUUUUACAGAGGAUAUACUUCGACUUCGCAAGGAUUGGGGAUCAGCAUCUUCAUGUGAUGAAUAUCUCUGCCAAGGUGAAGAUCCUAACUUCAUAGCAGACAAUGAAUGAAGAGAAAGCGCUAUAAACUGGGUCAUAGUUUCAUUCUUCCUAUGUGAAACUUUGAUCAAUGAUCUGCCAUGAAAGUUGUUGAUGUGUACAUUUAGUGUAUUAUAGCAGCCUCAGCCAUUUGCAACUUUGCGCACCUCCUCUUAGUGAAAUGAUAUAUUUUUUCUCCCUCGAUAAUAAAAUAACUUGGGACUCCCCAAUUUAUUAAUUCAUUUUUAUUUGUCAGCAUUGGAUUGAAGAAAGUUUUGUAUUGACCCAAAUUCCAAAAAUUUACUGUUAGUAUGAGAGUUUAUAAUAUAGCACUAGACAUUCUUAUUUCUUAAUACAUUUCUAUGGAAAAGACCAAUUUGUAACCUAAGCUGCGUUGGGUAUUGUGAUGAUGAUAAAUGUUCAAAGAUUAUUGCUAGAAUGUC